AUGGAGGGAAAGGUUCAGUCCGUGUAUCAGCAGACAGAGAGAGCGACUCCAAACGGGUCUGCUGAUGUCAAGCCAAAGAAGCAAGUGGCCUCAUGGGUACACCUUCUUGCGGGCGCGAGCGGUGGAUUUGCUACUGCAAUCGUGACUUCACCUCUUGAUGUCUUGAGAACACGCCUUCAAUCCGACUUUUACCAAACACAGAGCCAGUCCACUCACUCUCUUCAAACACCACAGCCCCGUCAUGGAUCCAAUCACAAAACGAUACAAAUCGUCAACUCAAUAUACCGUGCCGAGGGCUGGCGAGCUUUUUUUCGAGGUCUUGGACCGAGUGUAGCGGGUGUAGUCCCUGCGACUGCGAUCAAGUUCUACGUCUACGGAAAUUGCAAACAUAUCGGAGCCAAACUCUUGGGACGCACCGAAGAUUCUCCCCUCGUUCAUGCCCAGGCUGCGAUGUGCGCUGGACUCGCAACAUCCACUGCAACAAACCCAAUCUGGCUGGUUAAGACCAGAUUGCAACUUGAUAAAUCACGAACAAAUGCUAGCGGAGCUUCGAGUCGUCAAUACCGCAAUAGUAUUGAUUGCAUUAGACAAACCCUACGGAAAGAGGGAGUACGUGGUUUCUACAGAGGAAUGAGUGCUAGCUACCUUGGCUCAAUCGAAACGGCUUUGCACUUGGUCCUCUAUGAGCGGCUGAAAACCAGCCUCCGCGAGACAUUAAAACCCAUUGAGGGAUCCGGGACUCCUAUGUGGGAGGAAUUCUCCCACUGGGUUAGUACUAGUGGUGCCGCGAGUUCCGCGAAGCUAAUCGCGGGCUUGAUAACAUAUCCUCAUGAGGUUAUGCGAACAAGAUUGCGCCAGGCGCCUAUGGAGAACGGCCGGGCCAAAUACACGGGCCUGGUACAAUGUUUCCGUACCAUCGCUAAAGAAGAAGGUAUGGCAGGCUUGUACGGAGGCCUAGCCCCUCAUAUGAUCCGAUCUUUGCCAUCGGCUGUCAUCACCCUUGGCGUCUAUGAAUUUGUGCUGCGGGUGACUGGCAGCUAA